AUGUCGGAGCCAGAGCGUAAAAGACCCCGAAGGACAAGAGAUACCUCGAAGUUCAACGGAGUGACCAAGGUAAAGUUGGUCGAACAGGUCAACGCCCUAUCUGGCACGGAAUUCUUCACCAAGUACGCACCAUCAGAAGGGGAAUGUACUUCCCGGGUAGCACCAUGCCGCACCAUCAAGCGAAUUGCGGCAGAUCUUCCAUCCGAUUUGUUGGAGCAAUGCUUGAGUCUGAUCGAGUCGACCAGCAAAGAAGAUUAUGAAAACUCCGAGAUCAAAUGGUCUGCCUCGAAGAAGCGGAAGGAAAUGAAAUUGCCAGACAUGAAGUACAUUGUCCUACUUGAUGACGAGAGUUCUGUCAACGGAUUCAUUUCGUUCAUGGUCACCUACGAAGAUGGCCACGAGGUGGUGUACAUAUACGAGAUACACUUCAAGCCCGAAUGGCAGGGCAAGGGCGUUGGGGGAAAGUUGAUGAGCAUUGUCGAAAGCAUAGGCCGAAACGUGGGACUGGUCAAGGUCAUGUUGACGGUAUUCAAGGCCAACGAUCGAGCUGUGCGGUGGUACACCAAACUAGGCUAUGUCGAAGACGAGUUUUCUCCAGGGCCGAGAAAAUUAAGGAAUGGUACGGUGAAGGAGCCGAACUACAUCGUACUUUCAAAGACACUGAGAAAUUGA